UUCCUCAACGGUCUGGACACCCUGAGAUUCUCCAGGGGCCACAUGGAUGAGUUCCUGACGGUUCCACCAGUCGGAUGCAAGGACGAUGACAACAUCAGUGAGGUGGCUUAUGAGACAGGCUCAGUGGCCCAGUAUGCAAGGUCCCUAUGGAGAACCGAACUCAUCUUGAAAAAGUGGAAUGGUAGCUAUGUAUCAUGGGGCCAGCCUUGCAGGAUACGCCAUCUCACGUCUGGUAAGUACAUUUUCAUUCUUUUCAAGAAAAUGAUCUCUUAACAAUACGUCGGCUUCCCGUAAGAAGGGACUUAAGGGUAAUUUUGACGAUUAUUUAUUUUAUUAUGCACUUUUUAAUUUGCUGGUAUUUUUUAGUUUUACUUGAAAUUUUGAAAUAAAGUUUGCAUCAUUGGAUAGCCUACAUGUACAAUGUGCUAUUUUAAUAUUUGAAAUUAAAAAUAAUCAUAAAAUUACUCCUGAGCCCCUUAUGGAAUGCUGAUGAAUUGCAGCUCAUCCUCCCACAUAAGGUUAUAACAUAAUGCUGUUUUUUUUUUUCAUUCCUACCUGUAUCCCAUACCCCCAAAAUCUAUUCUAUCUUUAAAUAACAAUAAUAAAACAGAAUCAUGAACAAACUGUCACUUUUCCAUUCAUCAUGUUACCCUUUAAGUGCUGUCUGCGAUAGAGGUGACAUCCAUGCUUUUGCAUUCAGAUAUAUCUGUAGUUAUGCGUCCUUGAUGAUCUGAUUCCAAGGUGUUAGGCGUAAGAGACAAACAAGGGAAACUUACUUAGCUGAUUGCAACAUUAGAUGACAUUCUCCAGAAUCAGAGAGGAAAUUCUCCCAUGAGUUUAGAGAAUGUUUUCCAAAAUGUCUAAAAGAAGCAUACAGCCCUCAGACAAUGAGCCGAGAGUCAGUUAUCACUAAACCACAACUCUUCCGCUUCUCCGUUUAUUGUUAUCCUGCUCAGUAUCCUUUCCCUUCCAAUACCUUCAUAGACAAAAAUCCCAAAACAACAUGUGAUUAGGUAAACCAUUUUGGAAUCUAGUACAUGAAGUAGCGGAGAAAGCUAUGUAUAUUAAUCCAUUGUCAACUGGAACUGGAUGGUUCCCUUACAAAUUUUAAGGGAAUUACAGAAUUUAGUAUUCAAUGUGUUAAUGUGCCUUAUUUAUAAGUCAAACAUUUCACAUGUAAAUUGAAACAUUGUACAUGUAUAUAUCCUGAUGUUUGAUUGGAUAAGUCUUUUACAAGGUGAAGGACGUUUCUCUGCAUCAUCUAUCUGGUAUGUGUGCAGUGAUAUAACCUUGGUGGUCUAAUUCCAAGGGAUUAGUAUAUGAGAUAGAUGAUGGAAUCAGAGUUAGCAGAUAACACUGUUAGAAGCCCUUUCCAGAAUGUUCUAAGCCAUUUACCAGGUACGUCUCGGCUCUGCUCACACAAUGUAUUGGUGGGUUCACACCUUCCCAAUCUUAAAAAUAAAAAUAAAAACAUGUCAGUAGAACUGAUGUCAUCGCACCGCCAUCUUAGAGGCUAAAGCCAUUGUCAUGCAUGCAUUGGUGAUAUGCAGCUGGUGCAUCUCUGACAGUUCUGUUCAUGUGUUUUUAUAUAUCCUCUGAGGGAGGGCGCUAUGAGAUUAUAAAAUCAUAUGCAUAAGGUAUAUUAUGUGUACUGAUUCCAGUCUUUAAAUACUUGAUCAUUCACACCCUCCUGGAUUGAAAGAAUGCAUAUAUGUACUUCUUUCCUCACUUCUCUGUUUGGGUUGGUAGGAAGUGGGAAUGGUGGGAGGCAGAGAGAGAGAAGGGGGAGAAGGGGAUGGAGAAGCGAUCAAAUCUUGUGUGAUGUCAUAUGUGAUGAAAUGCCAUAUUGAAUUCCAAAAGCACAUUACAUAGCAUCAGGGAUGGAUAGGAUCAAAUAUCAGCAUUGAUCGAGGAAUAUGAAUGUAAUAUAUCUUAAAGCAACUCUAAAUUGAACAGAACAUCUUUGAUGUUGAUGCACCCAGAUUUUUAGAGAAUCUAUCAAAGAUGGUGAGCAUAAGAUACAGGGUUAAGAAGGACUGAAAGAUUUACAGUGAAAAAAAAGAUCACUCUGAAUAAAACAUCUUAUUCAUGCAAUGAGUCUCUGGAUAGGUUGAGAUUAUAGAAAGGAUGUUGUAUCAUAUAUGAAGAAAAAGCUUAUCUACUAUUGAAGGUAGUAUUAAUAAAUCAUAAAUAAUCCUUUGUAAUAUGAAUUGAAUUUAGAUUUUGUUAAACUACAACAUUAAUUUAAAUAUCACAUCACAAAGAUGCUGAUACGUAAGAAUGUUCAAGGAUAUGUAAUUAGCAUAUGAACUUGUAAUUGACAUAUAAUUGAUAAGUAAUUGCAUUAUGUAAAAGCUUGUAUAGAAUAGCAUGACUAAAAUUCACAUUAAAAUUAUAUGUCUUACACAUACGUUUUCCUUAAAUACAAUGAUUUGUGUGAAGAAUGGCAGUAUUUCAAUAGUAAAAGUUAUAAUAAUGAUAUUGUGCUAUAUAUCUACAAUUAAUCAAACGUGAGGAAAUGUAGCAUUAUUAUCCUUCCAACAUGAUAUCUGUAAUG